CUGAGUGCACCGAGUGUCGCGGGAGCAGCGUUUCGGUGUCCCCUGCUCCCGCGACAUGGCCUUCAACUUUGGGGCUCCGUCGGGUACCUCGGGCACCGCUGCAGCCUCCGCGGCCCCCGCGGGUGGAUUUGGAGGAUUCGGGACAACAUCUACCACAGCAGGUUCUGCAUUCAGCUUUUCUGCUCCAACCAACACAGGCACUACAGGACUCUUUGGUGGCACUCAGAACAAGGGUUUUGGAUUUGGUACUGGUUUUGGCACAACUGGAACUAGUACUGGUUUGGGUACUGGUUUGGGAACUGGACUGGGAUUUGGAGGAUUUAACACACAGCAGCAGCAAACUACAUUAGGUGGUCUCUUCAGUCAGCCUGCACAAGCUCCUACCCAGUCCAACCAACUGAUAAAUACUGCAAGUGCUCUUUCUGCUCCAACGUUAUUGGGAGAUGAGAGAGAUGCUAUUUUGGCAAAAUGGAAUCAGCUACAGGCCUUUUGGGGAACAGGAAAAGGAUACUUUAACAAUAACAUUCCACCAGUGGACUUCACACAAGAAAAUCCUUUUUGCCGAUUUAAGGCAGUAGGUUAUAGUUGUAUGCCCAAUAACAAAGAAGAAGAUGGGCUAGUGGUUUUAGUUUUCAACAAAAAAGAAACAGAUAUUCGAAGCCAGCAACAGCAGUUGGUAGAAUCAUUGCAUAAGGUUUUGGGAGGAAACCAGACGCUUACUGUAAAUGUAGAAGGUAUUAAAACAUUGCCAGAUGACCAGACGGAAGUGGUCAUUUAUGUUGUUGAGCGUUCUCCAAAUGGUACUUCAAGAAGAGUCCCAACUACAACAUUAUAUGCCCAUUUUGAACAAACCAAUAUAAAAACACAGUUGCAGCAACUUGGUGUAACCCUUUCUAUGACUAGAACAGAACUUUCUCCUGCACAGAUCAAACAGCUUUUACAGAAUCCUCCUGCUGGUGUUGAUCCUAUUAUCUGGGAACAAGCCAAGGUGGAUAACCCUGAUUCUGAAAAGUUAAUUCCUGUACCAAUGGUGGGUUUCAAAGAACUCCUUCGAAGACUGAAGGUUCAAGAUCAGAUGACUAAGCAGCAUCAAACCAGAUUAGAAAUCAUAUCUGAAGAUAUUAGUGAACUGCAGAAGAAUCAAACUACAACUAUGGCCAAAAUUGCACAAUACAAGAGGAAACUCAUGGACCUUUCCCACAGAACCUUACAGGUCCUAAUCAAACAGGAAAUUCAGAGGAAGAGUGGGUAUGCCAUCCAAGCUGAUGAAGAGCAGUUGCGAGUUCAACUAGAUACAAUUCAGUGUGAACUAAAUGCACCUACUCAGUUUAAGGGCCGACUAAAUGAACUGAUGUCUCAAAUCAGAAUGCAGAAUCAUUUUGGAGCAGUCAAAUCGGAAGAAAGAUACUACAUAGAUGCAGAUCUGUUACAAGAAAUCAAGCAGCAUUUGAAACAACAACAGGAAGGCCUUAGCCACUUGAUUAGCAUCAUAAAAGAUGAUUUAGAAGAUAUAAAGUUGGUAGAACAUGGAUUGAAUGAAACUAUCCACAUCAGAGGUGGUGUAUUUAGUUGACAUUUCACAAACUUCUGUCAAAGGUUUGAAAAAUAUGUCUUCUUGCUACAUCAGGCCUUCCUUAAGAAUGAAACUGACUACAUGGAGGAAAAAGAAAAAUGUUCUCCUGGCUUUUUUUUUGAGGAGGUUACUGACCAGUUAUUGUUCAUCAUAUCUGAAAUAAGUCAUUUCACAGCUCUUCAAAGAUAGCUUUUAAAAGAUUUAUAUCUAAAAGCUGUUACUUCUUUAAAGGGAGUACAUAAUUACCAAAAAUAUGUACUAUUGUAUGACAGCAUUGUUCUCAGAAAUCAGUGUUUAAUGAUUGUUCUCCAUUGAGCCUGUGUUCUGCUUUCCAUAGCAAACACAAAUUAUCUACUUUGCACCUAAUGAAUAAACUACUUGGCUGUUCGAGGUUUGUACUUCAAAAUGUAAAUGUAUGUCAGUUUUAUAUUUGUGAAUUCAUCUGUGGGAGGAGUAAAGAUAAUCCAAGAGUAUUUAAUGAUUAAUGUGGUUUUGUUUCCAUUCUAAAAGAUUUGAGAAUAUAUUUUUAUAUUAUUUUACUUAUUUGAACUUACUGAAUACAUCUAAGCAAUUAGGGUAUAACAAAAUUACAUUUUAUCAUUUUAGCAAUUUUUUUGUUUAAACCUUUUCAUUUCUUAAAGAUGAAAACUAAAUAAAUUCUUGAUUUUCAUUA